CAAAGACCCAACUGGUAGCGCCUCAAAUCAAAGGAAUUGUGAAAAAUUACACGACAGUGUAACAGAAAAGGUAAAUAUAUGAAACUCAAGCCCUUAACAGUCAUAUUAUCACCAACUCACAUUCUUCCACAGCCAUGUCUCCUACACAACUCACCAUUAAGGUCAACGCCUUAAAGAGACUCAUAAAAGAAGAGAAAUUAUACCAACAAGAAGUCAACGAACAAGAAAGUUACGUUGAAAGUAUGAAGACCAAUAACGGUGACAAAUACGAAAUCAAGAAACAAGUUGAAGUAUUAGACGAAAGUAAACGGAUGAUUGAAGAACUCAAGAAGAAAUUGGUCACCUAUAAGGAAGACUUGAAGACUUUCAUUGCCAGCUAUUCAGGUGAUGAAGAUCUUACUGCUGCUAAGGAGUUGUUGGUAUAGUAUAGUAGUUAAUACGCGUUAUUUAUACAUAGUCAGAAUCAUAAUGUAUACUAUAUUAUUAUUAUGUCAAAA